AUGUUAUGUUAUUUUACACCAAAAUUAGAUAACAAAGCAUUUAGUUUAAGCAUCGAAGAGCAACUGAAAUGGCUAGGCGCGAAUCAACACGUGUUUAAACACGGUGCUCUAAUAAACGAGACUUGUAGUUUCUGGUAUUACCUUAAAGCUUCCAGUUGUGCGUACCGAUACAGUUCAUCGGCCUUUUUGUUCUCAUUGGUUAACAAGCCAGGCUGGGGACCAGUGAAACUGUCUCAAACAGGAGUGUAUGGUUCCCAUAAUGUAUAUUCCAUGUACAAUUGUAACGACCGUGGACCCUCAUUUGGUAACGGACACGAUCUUCACAUUGCCAGCUACGCCUCAUCCAACACAAAAUCCUAUCCAUACCUUGGAAACACUUACAGUCCACCAUCUGGCCACAGUUAUGGCAGCUCCUUCACCAAAUCAUUCCUGGCAGGAAGUUACAAAUUUCAGCCUGAUGAAGUUGAAGUGUUUUAUGAAACUACUUGA